UAUAAGUGAACUUGUUGAAGAACGCGAGUCUUACUUCUUAAGAGCGAGCUGAACAUUGUCCGCGAAACAUAUAGUACCUGUGGUAUAAAAGGAUAGAGAGUCAGUCGCAAGUGUCCUUCCCAAGAACACUAUAGCAGAAGUAAAAGCUCGUUAAGACUUAGUGCGCUGCAAUCCCAUUUUAAAAUGGCCAACAAUUCCAACUUGCGAACCGCGGGUUUCGUUCUAUUGUUCGUGUUGCUGCUGAUUGUGACUAAUUCAGAAGGAGCAGUUAUUAAAUCCAUCGAUUCCAACCAAAAUUCUUUAUUGGUAAAACAUGGUGAGAAAACCAGUAAAGACCCACUGGCAAUUGAAAAUAAAGCAGCAUCUGAGAUCCUUGGCAUAACCGAUCCUACUUUAGCCUCAGCAAGCGAUAUGGCAGAGUUUCUUCUAUCGAUUGUUGCCAACGUAUUGACAAUCUGGGGAUUCGGACAACAGCAAGAUACUAAUAGGCAAGCAGCCAUUGACAAAGAAACGGAAGAAACUCAAACCACCAAAUUAGUUGGAAAAUGGAACUCUACUCUGGAUGAUCUAAACACUCGGAUGGACGAUAUUAAACGGUCAUUGCGGGAAUUGAAUUGCCGGCUGGACGCACCCCAAGCGAUCAAAACUAAAGGCGUCGUCAGUCAAGAGUGUUUGCAAUAUGUGCAACCACUUGUUUUACCUUCGACUAGAAUCCUGUUGGCGCCGAAGCAAACAAGUUUGUUAAAGAAAACUGAUAUUCUGUCAACGCCUCAAUAUUGGUUAGGACUGAGGAAAUGAUUUCAGUUUGUUUAGAAUGCCUUUAAUUAUUAUAUACUAUUUGCCUCUAAUGUGUAAUGAUGCAGUCGUGGAUGU